AUGGGGCAAGUGUCACAAGGGGGAGACAAAGGAUUUGGAGGAGUUGGUUCUUCAAAAGAUCCUGAGAAAGGAGUUGUAGUUGGAAAAGUGCUUAAGAAGAACUAUGGCAUUGAUAAUUCUGAUUUCAAUCAGUUUGAUUUUUUGAUCAACCACAAGUUAUUCACAUCUUCUCAAUUCAAGAUUGUUGAGAAUUUCAAUGAUAUAGAUGAAUUCAAAAGACCAAAUAUUCGUUUUCACGCAGUCUUAGGAAAAAACGAAGAAGAUAUAUGCUCGCCUAUGAAGAUAAUGAAAAUGAUGACUAUCAUAUGUGACAAGUUGUUCGAAGGUCUUCUAGAAAACUUCCUCUAUGUGGUAUUAAAAGCAAAUAACGCUACUUUUGAGUUCACAAUUGCAGAUUUCCUGUUAAUGAAGUUAAAUGACUUGAUCAUGUUCACAAAUAUUUUGAGUAAUGUGGAUGUUUCGAAGAUAAUUGAGAACAACAAGGAUGAUUUAAUCAUUAGUUUUGCUCAUAUCAAGUUUUUCAUAGACAACUACUAUGAUUUCUUGGAAAUCACUGAUAUUGAGCUUGCUUUAACUAUCAAGAAACCUUUGAAAUCCCCUCAAUCUUUUCUAAGAGGUAAGAUUAACAUCAAUGAUUAUGAACCUUGUGAGAUAAUUCAUCAACCUCUUGGUGUCGUGUUUCAAGGAAAGAACUAA